AUGAUGCCAUUGCAUUGGACUGCAAUUGCUGUCCAUUGCUACCUACUCUUGGCCCUUGCAGAAGCUGAAUCUGAGACCUGUUCAGUGCAGAACGCCUCUUGUGGUCGAGCUCUUCUGCAGAAGCAGCUGACUGGAUCUCAGGUGGAGAUUUUCGAGAAUGAAACGCUGGGCCCUUCCCUGGGCCCACGGCACCAGGCGCCCAAGCCGCCAGUGACGGAUCGGAAGCUCGCGCUGAUGGCGCGUGCGAGGAGCCACAGGCUGAACCGUUCGAAACGCUCUCAGACAGAGGAUUUAGACUCUGCCGUUUCUGCCAAGAUCUUUGAUGACAUCGCAGAUGGCUUUGAAUCCGUUGGAGACGGCUUUUCAGAGCUGGGUGACACCUUUGAAGAUAUCGGCGAAGGCAUUGCAGAUGUGGGCUUAACGGUUGGGAGUGCCGUUGGCAAUGCGGCCACUGUGGUGGGGAAUUCCGUGGUGGAGGCAGCUGAGAGUACCGUGGAUGCCUUGCCCAGUGAAAUUAAGGAUGCUGCAUCCACCUUGGGGAAUGCAGUGGUUGCAACGGGCAACUUUGUGGCUGAUGUGGGUGAGGUUGUGGCAGAUGCUGCUGUGGAUUUGGCAGGUGAUGCUCUCCAAGUGGCCCAGUAUGCUGUGCAAGAAGGGGCCAAGGUGGGAAGUGCACUGGGAGACAAAAUUGCAACUGCAGCUAAUGCCAUUGGUGAUGGUAUUGAGAGGGUUGGCGCCUUGGCUGUAGGCCUGGCAAAAGCUGCAUGGGAGCAGAUCAAGGCUUUCAUCAAUUGUCUCACUUCAGGCUUUUCCUUGUGUAAACUUAUGCUGGGCAACGUGUGUGAUUGCGAUGCCGGGAGUACAAUUUCCAUGUCAACCUCUGGGCUUGGCAUGCGGUGUGUGUUCAAGGCAGGUGGAUUCUCCAGUGGCUAUGGCUUCUCCGCCGGUGGUUCUUUCGAGAUGGGCGACAUGAGUAGCCAGGGCCGGAUCAAGAUUCCGGGUCAAACCUUCGUUCAAAGCUUCAAGCCAAAAGGAGAUGAAUUGAAAGCCCGGCAGGUUGCGUUGAACUCUCAGAAGUCAGAAGCACCAUCGGGCUCCUGUGAGUCCAAUUUGGAUAUGGCUUUGGAGGGCGUAGUGCAGUUUGCCCCCAUCUUGGACAUCUCGGUCAAAAGCAAUGGGGACACGGAAGUGGGCGUUGAAGGCUUGGCGAGGGCGUCCCUGGAUGGAUUGUUCAAGGCAGAGGGGAGUUGCGCCUUCCUGGCAGAGAAGCGAUUUCCCAAGGUCCCCAAAAGCAAGGUGGUUUGUGGCCCCUUCUUUUGCAUCGCAAUCAUGCUGCAGAUGGUGGCAGAGGUCGAGUUGAAGGGCGUGAUAACUGGCAGUGUUGAGGUUGCUGCAAGUGCAGACUUCAGGAUCAAGGGCAAGGUUCUGAUCAAUCCUUCCGGCAAGGCAGACGUGGACUUUGAUCUUCCCAGCAUCGAGCAGAAACAUGGCUUUGGUUUUGCUGCGAGUGCAUCUGGCUCUGCACGCAUUGGCAUGGGGCCAAGCCUGGUGAUUUUCCCAAUGCCAGGUGUGCCGAUUACCAUCAAUCCCAUGAUGAAUGCAGAAGUCAGAGCAAUGGGAACCCUCAACAUGCCCGUUGGCUCCUUGUUACAGGAGUCUACCCAACUUGCGACACAGUCGCAUGUAAACAGCAGCAGAGUGAACCAAAUUAGUCUUUGCGGUGCGGCUGCCCUGAACAUCUACACAGACAUUGAAAUUCAGGGCUUCGGGCUUCCGGUUGCUAUCACUGCUUCACUGAGCACCCACUGGAUUCAGGAUGCUAUUUAUGAUGCAAUCACUCAGGGAGCAGAGGCCUUCGUGAGAUUCAUUGCCGGCCCUGCUAUGUGCAUCCCUGGUGCAGACGCUGCUCUGGACACGGUCAUGAGCGCGGCGAAAUCUGCUGCCACUCUCUUGAGCGGAAUGAUUCCCGACCUUCACGUGGACAUCUCCACUCCCUCCUCAACGCUGCUGGCGCCCACCAAGCUGUUUUGCGUUGAGGCAGUGAAGAGCCCAGGCUUUGACGGAUCCUCAUGUUCUCAAGAUCUCGGCUGCCACAGCACUGGCAGACCCAGCAGCCCCAUGGUGACACCUAUACCUCCUGAUCAAGUCCGCCAAACAACCGCACCAUCAGCCCAUUCGCCCAGCUGCUAUUCGAUUCCCAUGGGUGAUCGCUUCAUCCAAUUGGGCGAUUGGCGUUGGGCUGCCAUUGAUGACAACCACUUCUCGGUGUCCCACAAGGGUGGCCAAACUGCCCAGAUCUACAGGAAUGAUGGUACCUUGCACCCAGGACCCAGGACCGACUACAAUGCCUGGGGUAGGUCUAUAGGCCCUGCUGAAGGCAUUUCCUUUGGAUAUCAAUUCAUCCAGAUCGGCAAGUUUCGACUUGGACAAGUGAAUGACAACCACUUCUCCAUCUCACAUAAAGAUGGACAAGUUGUCCAAAUCUUUCGAAAUGAUGGAACCCUUAAUCCUGGCCCACGGACUGACCAUUCAACCUAUGACCGUCCAGGCGGAGCCGCCACGGGGAUUGCUUUUGGAGAUCGGUUCAUCCAGAUUGGAAAGUUCCGCAUCGGUGAUGCAGAUGGUUGGCAUGCCACUGUGACACACAGUGGAGGUCAAACCAUUCAGAUCUACCGUGGGGAUGGGACAGUGCACCCCGGGCCUCGCACCGACUGGACCGCGCACGUGGGAAAUCGGCUGCCGGUCUCAUGGACGUGUCAAAGUUUGGAAGAGAUGGCACAUGGCACGUGUGAUGCCAAGUUUGGAACCUUUGGUGAUCGCUUCAUCCAGCUGGGCCAUUGGCGUUUGGCUGCCAUCGAUGGCAAUCACUUCUCCAUUUCCCACAAAGAUGGCCAAACUGCUCAGAUUUACAGGUACGAUGGUACCUUGCACCCAGGACCCAGGACCGACUACAAUGCCUGGAGCAGGCCAAUCGGCUAUCCCUAUGGCAUCACUUUUGGACCCAGCUUUAUCCAAAUUGGCUUGUUCCGACUGGGUAUGGUGGAUAAAGAGCAUUUCUCCAUUGCACACAAGUAUGGCUACGUCUCUCAGAUCUUCCGGAGCGAUGGGACUCUUCAUCCCGGGCCCCGGUCGGACUAUGACCUCUGGAAGGUUCGGAGCAGCGGGCCAGCGUCCGGCAUUACUUACGGAGACAGAUUUCUUCAGAUUGGAAAGUUCCGCAUCGGGGAUGCUGAUGGAUGGCACAUGCUUAUAACACACGUCGAUGGUCAAACCAUUCAGAUCUACCGUGGGGAUGUGACACUGCACCCAGGGCCUCGCACUGACUGGACACAUGCUCUCCAGGGCCGCUAUCCGAAGUGGCACUGUGGUAACAUUCAGCUGGAAUUUGGCUCUUGCACUGGCAUCACUGGCGGUGGACGCUGGCUUCAGCUGGGGGACUGGCGAAUCGCAGGUGUGGACAAUGCACACUUCAGCAUCUCCCAUCGGGGUGGUCAGACUGCACAGAUCUACCGCAGUGAUGGCACCGUUCAUCCAGGGCCACGAACGGACUACAACGUUUGGGGCUGGCAAGGUGAGUAUCAUGACACACAGGUGAAAUUUGGAGAUCACUUUCUUCAACUUGGAGAAUUUCGACUGGGCCAAGUGGAUGAGACGCAUUUUUCCAUUUCUCACUCAGGAGGUCAAACCAUUAUGAUCUUCCGCUCUGACGGAACCCUUCAUGGUGGACCCAGGACUGACUACAACUUGUGGUGGAAACCCUUAGGGGAACCCAUUGGUGUGACCUUCGGAGAUCGCUUUGUGCAGAUUGGGAAGUUCCGACUCGGUGAUGUGGACUCGACACACUUCUCGGUGUCGCACGUGGGGGGCCAGACGAUUCAGAUCUAUCGAAACGAUGGCACGAUCCAUUCCGGACCGCGAACAGACUACACCACCUUCGGACGUCCGUUGGAAGAGUGCUUUGUCGUGGCACCAUAAGAAACCGACGUGGAAGCCACGUCCAGAGACGUCUCGAGAGGUCCGAAGUCCACUAGAGAUUCGCAGCCUGUUGCAUUGUAGAUGCAUGUUUCAAAUGUUUUCAAAAAAAAUUAAAGAGUGCGAGAAGAGG